AGAACGAAAGAAAGCAGCAACAUGCUUAUCAUCACAUCUUAGACUGGACUGUCUGAAAAUAAACACUAACUAUGCCUCUAAUAGUGAUGUGUGGUUAUCCCUGCAGUGGUAAAACACGGAGAGCAGAAGAGCUGAAGGGGUAUUUUGAACAGAAGUCACUCCGACAGGUUCACAUUGUGGGAGAUGAAGCUCUGGGCGUGGAGAAAAACUCUGUGUAUGCAGAUUCCCAAAAGGAAAAAAAUACCAGAGCAGCUCUGAAAGCUGAAGUAGAGAGGAAGGUCAACAAGGGUGACAUCGUCAUUUUUGAUUCUUUAAAUUACAUUAAAGGCUACCGCUAUGAACUGUACUGUCUCAUUAAACAUGCACAGACACCACACUGCCUGGUAUACUGUUUGACAUCAGAUGAAGUGAGCUCAACAUGGAAUACCAACAGAUAUGCUGCUGAGCAGUACACCCAGGACAUCUUGGAUGCUUUAGUGCUGAGAUUUGAAGCUCCAGACUCCAGAAACCGAUGGGACAGUCCCCUUUUCACCAUCCUCAAAGACGACACGCUUCCAUUUGAGGACAUCUCUGAUGCACUUUUUAAAAGAAAAGCACCUCCUCCAAACCAGUCUACGCAAAGUCAACCACUGUCAUCUGCAAACUUCUUGUAUGAGCUGGACAAGAUCACACAAGAUGUGUUGAUGGCCAUUUUUAACGCACAAAAGACAAGUGUUCCUGGGGAUCUCAUUUCAGUUCCGGGAGCUACAGAAAAGAUAGAGCUUACCAGGAACAUCAACAUGGCAGAGCUGCGGAAAUUACGGCGCCAAUUCAUCAGCUACACCAAGAUGCACCCGACAGAGAACACAGGACAAAUUGCCAACAUGUUUGUGCAGUAUUUAAAUAAAAGUCUUCACUGA